AUGGUUUAUCAGACUUCCUCUUCUGUUCGCGAUCUGAAGUCUCGUGGUCAUUCCACAGCUUUCAAUCCGCGUAAUUUGGAACACGACUGGUAUCCAGUUUGGAACGAGGUUUUCAUUGAUAUGAAAUCGCUUCUCUCCGAUGUCUACAUCUACCCCCAAUAUUUUCUUUGGUUGCGAAAUUCCAAAGAUCUGCCCCUUGCUCUCCGGAAAAGAAUGCUGCAGCAUCUUGACCCAAAUGAACACGGGGUUACCCGCGAGCUUGAUGAUGCAGACCACACACUCUUGGCGUUACAGGCUGAUAUCGAUGACUCAGAUAUUGCGCCGCUAUUGGCGUCGUCAUUGCUCAUUGACGGGGAUACCUCGUUUGGAAGCACCAUCACUGUCUCUGGCUCUGAAAAGGACCUAAUACCCGACUUCUCAUUUAUGCAUCUUACCUCGGUGCCUUUGGGUGGAUAUUGUGCAAAUUCAGCAUAUGCAACAAGCCGAGCGGACCGUAAAAUCCUCCACGAAUGCCAUUUGGCCCUCUGUGAGGUGAAGGGAGCACCUUCACGCCACUUCUCAGAACCACGAAAAUCGAAGAUGCGUGCUGAAUUGUUCGAAGAUGCACAGACUGAUCUGGCCAUGUAUGCCAAUCUGUAUUUCGUAGCUGAGGGUGGUAUGCGACGAGACAAACUUCUUCUUUGGGCUUGUGUUGGUGCAUUCUGGACAUGGACUCUUGUUUCUAGGGAAGAAGUUCCGGCAUGGGAUUGGGUUACAGGGUCUUUCGCUUCAGGAGCCAGUCCUGACCAGGAAAUCAAUUACCUCAUCACCCAUUACUUUCAACCAGACCAAAUUCAUGAACGUGAAGGUAAUGAUGGAGAUGACGUCAUGAGCGAGGAGGGUGAUUAA